AUGUCCGAAGAGAAAAUCGUUCAGUUCUCUAAGGAUCAACGAUAUCCUGAACCAGGAGAACCGGUUUGCGUUGUCUGUGGUCGAUAUGGAGAGUACAUUUGUGAUGAAACAGAUAAAGAUGUCUGCAGCAUGGAGUGCAAACUAAUUCACCUGGAAAAAGAGAAAAAUAUGAAAAAGCUAAGAGAAUUAAGCAUUUCUGCCAAAUGGGAUGGUUGGACCUUGAUCAUAUCGUAA